AUGUCAUCCGCUUCAACACUCAACAAUAUAUUAAAUCCAACGGUAAUAAAAUUACAAACUGAAGAUAGUGAGCAAUUGUUCAAACAGUUUGGACGAUCUAUUUCAACCCUUUAUAACCAUGGAAUAGCAAGAAACCGAAUUACAACCAAUGGACCAAAAGUUGCACUUGGGAAAAGAAAACGAGGGGAUAUGUUCGCAAUUGGGAUGAGAGCUGGAUAUUGGAAGGGUGUCUUUGGAGACUGUGGUGGAGUGGUGGAGAUGGUCUGGGCGACGGAUGUGGAACACCAGACAACUGAAUCAACCACUCAUGGUGCAAAAGGUGACCGUGUUAACCCUUGA